UGGAAUUUUUACUUUUCAUAUCGUGGGAUUCAGUUUUUCUCACACAACUUCAUCUCCAUAGUGAAUGCAGAAAGCAAUGGAAGGUGAUAGAGAGUCACAGAAGGCACAUAUGGAGGCAAUUCUGGGGCCUGAUUCACAGACAUUUGAAAUCUUUAUUUCUCAUCUCAUAGAGAAAAGGUCAGAAGCUAAGUCAAUGCUCAGUAUGAUCAAGCAGAAGGAUCCUAACUCAUUUGCUGUUAAGCUGGCCAAGUCUCUUGGCUCUCAGCUAGUUCUUCCUGAUAACAACAACUGGUCUGAAUUAUUACCAAUGUUGUACCAAUGUUUCAGUACUAAUAAUUCACAUUUGACAGAGCAUUUAAACUUGUUUGUCGAAUUAAUCCAACACAUUGACGGGGAAGCAUUAGUCCAUUACAUCGAUAUAUUACACCCUAUGUUCCUAAACACAUUGAAUGAUUCCCUGGUUAAUCUAGACAUGAAGAUCACUGCCCUGACGGCGAUGAUUAACUUCAUUCAACGGGUGGGGAGUUCAAAUGAUAGGGAGAGGUUUCAGGAUCUAUUGCCUGCGAUAUUGGACAUGAUGAAUGAGGCAUUGGAAAAUAAAUGUGAGGCAUCAGCUAGGUCUGAGUUUGAAAUUUUGAUUGAGUUGGCCAAGAAUGUGCCUAGUUUCUUCAGGAUGCAGCUUGUGGUUGUGGUGGGUACCAUGUUUGAUAUAGCCAAAUGUGAGAGUUACGAAAAGAAAACAAGACAUUUGGCGGUUGAAUUCGUGAUGACAUUGGUUGAGGCCAGGGAGAAAGCCCCUGGCAUGAUCAAGAAGUAUCCAUUGUUUACUGAAAAAUAUUUUGCAAUUUUAUUGAAUUUGUUAGUGGAUGAGGUUUAUGACCCUCUCUUGCCUGAUCCUUAUGAUACAUGGGAUAAAAAAGAUGAUUUGAUUUUUGUUAAGAUGUGUUUUUGGCGGUUGUCCAAUGCGCUGGGUGGUAAGACUGUUGGUCCUGUUGCCUUUGAGCAAUUCUGUGCUUACUUGGCUGACGACUCGUGGCAGAAGCCAUGCGCAGCACUCAAUGCACUUGCUCAGAUUGUUAAAGGCUGCUCAGAGGUGAUGAUUAGGAAUAUGAAUCUAGUGGUGACAAUGGUUAUGGAUAGUAUGGGACAUCCUCAUCCUGGAGUCAGAUUCGCCUCCAUGGAAGCAAUUCACGAGUUUUUGCGUUUCAUGCGUCCUCAUUUUCAAGAACAAUGUCAUCACCAAGUAUUGCCAGCAUUAACUAAAGCGUUGGAUGAUGACAGUGUACGAGUGCAGGUCAAGGUCAUACUCGCGAUCUGGGGUUUCAUUCGUGCUGGCACGCCUGAAUUUUUGAGACCUUACAUUCACGGAAUGCACAAUAAACUGCUUCAACUGUCGUCACAUACUGUUGUCGCGGUCCAAAAUUCAGCGUCAACUCUACUCAAACUUUUGGCUAAGCAUUGUAAGGAGUGCUUCGGGAACAACUACGACUCUUUAAAUCCACUUUUGGAAACUACACUGGUACAAGCAAAUUUUCCAAGCAAAGAUGUGGAGAUGAUCAUGUCAAAAACGUUCAAAGCUGGCAGUUCGGCACAUGCAAAACAGAUUAUGGAAGCAGUUAUAUCAUUACAAGGAUCACAAGAGGAGGAGGAUACACGUACCAUCUUCAAGCUAGACGCUAUUAGUGGAUUUUGCGAGGCCAUAGGGAAGCGUUUUCUUCCUUGCACCAGCGUUGUCAUGCCCCUUUUGUUUCAAUGUGCUCAACUUGAACUCGAUAAAACCAUAUUAUCUGCAGAUUCAGACCAUACUUAUUUAGAUGAUGAUAGUAUACACAGAGUCAACGUUGGGGAUACAACGAUAUGUAUAAAAAAAAGUUCCCUAACGAAGAAAGCUUUAGCAUGUGAAGUCCUAGGCAUGAUUGCUUACCAAUUGAAGGAAGAUUUCUACCCAUGGAUUUUCCAGACUGCUUCAAUUUUAUUUCCACUUUUGAAAUUCCAUUUCAAAAAUGAGGUCAGGAUCAAUACUGUUCAAGUCAUGCAGCACCUUCUGCAAUCUGCUAAACUGGCUAAAGAGAAAGGGAUUGCUCCAGGUGGAAGCCAUUUGAAUUUCAAGCAGUUUUCGGACAGUAUAAUACUGAAUUUGUUGGAAGCUUUGCAUGAGGAGAUUGAUACAAAGAUAUAUAUACUUAUGAUGGAUACAUUGCAUGGGUGCCUUCAGCUAUGUGGAUCACUUCUCAAUGAAGAGAAGCUUCGUCCGAUCGUGGAUGAGAUAAAGCAUGUCAUUACAGAAAGUUCAAAUAGAAAAGGAAAACUCACAGAGAGAGAAAAAACAGAAGACUUUGAUGCUGAGGAAGCUGAAUUGCUGAGGGGGGAAAAACAGCAACAAGAUCAAAUUUUUUCCCUUGCUGGUCAGAUAUUACGUAUACUGAUCGAAACAUUCAAGGUUGUUUUUUUGCCUUACUUUGAUGAGCUAUCAUUAUAUCUGAUUCCGAUAUGGGGUAAAGAAAUGACAAUUCAAGAGAAAAUUGCAUCACUUUAUGUCUUUAAUGGUCUUGUGAAAGAGGUCUCUGAAGCAGCUCUAAAGUACUGUGAUGUAUUUCUACCUUUGCUUCUGAAAGCAAGCAACGACGAAAACCCAACAGUUAGACAGAAUGCUCUAUAUGGACUUGGGCUUUACGCGGAAUAUGAUGGUUCUGUUUUCAAACCUUAUGUUAGAGAGGCUAUUUCACAGAUCAAUGUAGUGAUAAUGCAUUUACGUGCUCGUGAACCUGAGAAUGAACUUGCAUAUGACAAUGCUGUUUCUACACUUGGUAAGAUAUGUAAGUUUCAUCGGGAACUUAUCGACUCAGACCAGGUCAUUCCCAUUUGGUUGAAUUGUCUGCCUAUAAAGGGUGACCUUGAUGAAGCCAAAGAUGUUCAUGGUGAACUAUGUUCUAUGGUUGAAAGGUCAGAUAGAGAACUUUUGGGUCCCAAAUAUGAACACUUACCAAAAAUUGUAUCAGUUUUUGCAGAGGUUCUAUGUGGUGGAAAAGAUCUUGCUACAGAAGAAACAGCAAAGUGUAUGAUUAAUCUGUUGAGGAAUCUUCUUCUUCUUCAUAAAGAAGUACCACCAACCACCUUGACAGCAGCAUGGACAUUACUAUUGCCUGAGCAGGAGAUGGAACUGAAAUCCAUUCUAUUUCCUGAACAACUUUAUGUGGUGCUCUAUUCUCCACUGAAUCCUGAUAAAAAAUACGUCAUCCAUUUCAAAAAGAAUGACCUCCUCAAAGACUGCCGAGUAACUGAAGGACCUUCUCGAGCACAGAAUAGAUAAUGGAGAGAUAGAGCUAGCCUAUUCAUUAUGCAAAAUCAAUGCUCCUGGCCACUCUCACAAAAGACUUUCCAUCUUAUCUCUGUAAGUAGUAAGGCCAAGUGUAUAUAAUUGUUGUUUUACAUUGUGUAACGAUCCAUUAGGUCGUUUUGAGAACUAGAACUUUUUAUUUCAUAAAAGA